CCGUUCAGCUCAGGGCAUCUUGCCAGGAGGCGUCGGCCUCAGGCCCGUCCGCCCCCGCGCUCGCCCCCCUCUGCGCUGCGCCCCGGACAUGUCGGCGGCCCCGCGGGGCGACGCGGAGUGCCUCGACCCGCGGACCUCAGGCGUCCUGGCCGAGGGGACCGCCGAGAGGAGCGGCGCGCCCGAGGCCGCACGGCGCGAGGCCGCCGCCGGCUCCCCAGGCACAGCGCGCCCCCAGAGCCGCAUGGCGACCAUGUUCUCGGUGGACCUGGAGGUGAGGACGGUGGAGCCCCAGAGGCACAGCCUCGCGUCGCUCUUCGGGAGGGCCAGGACCAGCACGAUGGACCUCGAGGAGCGCGUGGCGCGGCCGUGCCUGGCGCGGCUCUGGUCCACCUCUGGGCUGUGCCAAGAGGGCGCCCACAUGGGCCGGCGGAUUUUCCCGACCCGCCCUGCAUCCUCCCCUGCCCGCCUCGCCCCGACUGCGACGAGGAGGGGGACGCGGCCGCUGGCAUGGGCGAGUCCGCACCGCAUUCGUACUGGAAGCAGCACGCCACGUGGCUGGACAACUGGCCGAGCCUCGACAGGAGCCGCGCGGCCGCCGGAGCAUUCGUGGCGGGAUGGAGCGACAGGGGCAGGGCCUCGAACCUGCAGGCCUUUGUGAACGUCUGCGAUCAGCCAGUGGCGGUGCGAUCGCAGCCCGUGGACGGCAGCGACGCGAAGACCGAGGUCAGGGUGCAGCCAGGGGAGAUGGUGGUCGUUGCGAAGGUCGUCGAGCGCCAGGGCACGAGGUACCUUCGGCUCGCGAGCGGUUCCGGGUGGCUCUUCGAGACGCAGGGCAGGGCGCCUGUGAUGGCCAGGAUGGCGCGCGUGGCUGUUGGCAGCUGGUGGUUCCGGGUGGCGUGCGGCGAGGCGCUGGAGGUGCACGCUGCGCCCACGUUCGCGGCGUCGCCCAGCGGUUGGGUCAUGAGCCCCACGGAGAUUUUUCUGGUCGAUGUGAAGGCGCGGGUGCGUGGCUGCAUGUUCUUCCACUUGGCAGACGGCAGAGGCUGGAUCCCAGAGCUGAGGCAGCCUGCACACCCACGCGGGUCCGCGUGCUCCCCCACGUGGCCAGACGUUGACGUGCCCACGUUGCUGGUCAAAGAGGCCGAGGCGGACUUGGAGGGCAGGUCCGCCGGUUGGUUCAACUACUCCAGCAUAGUGCCCUCCACCAGCGAUGCAGUCGAGGUCGGCGAGUGGCGCUACGUGGUGGGCGAGCUCCCCGUCCUCGCCAUCGGCGCCCGGCAGUUCGGGGAGCUGCUCGAGCCCGGCGAGAGCGUGAAGGUGGACAAGCGGGCCUUCGCGGGCGGCGACGCCCCCCCGGGGGGCGGAGCGUGGACCGCCGCCAGCAGGGUCUGGCUGCGCCUGCGGGACGGCAGGGGCUGGGUGCCGGAGACGGCCCCCGGAGGGCGGGCGCUGCUCCGCCCGCGCGGCGCGCCCGCGUCCUACCCCGGCUUCUGCGCGGGCGGCCGCCCCAGCGCCCGCCGCGCGGAGCCGGAGGACGCUUGGACGGCGGGCCUCGUCUGA